AUGGCUCCACAAGACCGCCUAUCCCAGGCGUCCUCACACCUGAACUACCCUCAGGGUAUGCUCCACGGGCAGGUAGCAAUUAUUACAGGUUCCGGCCAAGGAAUCGGCGCUGAAGCUGCUCGACUCUUUGCAAAUGAGGGUGCUAAAGUUGUGGUUGCGGAUCUUGAUGCUCAGAAAUGUGAGGCGGUUGCAAAGGCCAUCAAUGAUGCGAGUCCCGGGCGCGCCAUCGCCGUGGCUGGAGAUGUUACCGAUUCAGAAUACUUGAAGAGGCUCGUGCAAAAAGCCGCGGACUUUGGAAACGGGAAGAUUCAUAUCAUCGUGAAUAACGCAGGUUACACAUGGGACGGUGUAAUUCACAAGCUCUCUGAUAAGCAAUGGGAGAAGAUGGUUGCUGUCCACGGAACGGCGCCAUUUAAACUCGUUCAAACCGCUGCCCCCUACUUCCGUGUUAAGGACGGAGAAUCCAGAGUCAUCGUCAACAUCAGCAGCACUAGCGGAGUCAACGGAAAUGCGGGACAAGCGAACUACUCUUUCGCCAAAGCCGGUUUAGUCGGUCUCACCAAGACUAUCGCCAAAGAGUGGGGUCCUCAAUUCGGCGUCCGCGCCAACACGAUCGCCUUUGGCUUCGUUCUCACCCGUCUUACUCAAGCCAAAGAGGCCGGUGCCUUCAUCACCACUGCUGAUGGAGAAAAGGUCUCUCUUGGCAUCCCAACAAAGCAGCUGUCUACGAAGGUUGGUGGCAAUGAGGAAAAGUAUGCUGAUAUCCCUCUUCGGCGACCGGCUUCUCCUACUGAAGCAGCGAGAUCCAUUUUGGGAGUAGUUAGCCCACUGUUGAGCUAUGUCAACGGCCAGACUAUAAUGGUCACUGGUGGACGAAAUAUGUAA